AUGGAAGAACUAAAAGAAAAUUUUACUUUUAAAUCGUUGAGUGAAGAAGAAUUGUACAAUCAGACAGACAAUACAGAUGAAAGUGAAAAUGUAUCCAGUAAAUGUGUAUUCGCAAGAUGGUUAAAACCAGCAAGUGUAAAUGAAUUGAAAUUCGUGUCCAAAGACGUUUUAUUGAUACAUGUCGAAAAGACGUUAAUAUUUUAUGACACGAAUACGCAAAAAGAAGAUAUUCUCAUAGUAGGCAGUAAAUCAACUCCAGGGAGCGGUGGUGAUAAUAAUCUAUAUUUAGAAGGUAUUGGGUGUUUCGAUUGCUGUGAAAUAGAUUUACUAGCCUUGGCUGAACAUCCACCUAUAUCAAAGGUGGUUAUAUGUUUAUAUCCUGCUCUGAAAGUGUUGGCAACUCUUAUUGAUAGUAGCUGCUCUUCACCAUACAAGUCUAUACUGUUUCUGAGGUUGGAAUAUUUAAUCGGCUUGCGUGAUUACCCGGCAUUCGAUCUGAUCGUGUGGGCGUGGAGAAUUGGAGAAAAACUGUUGGUUGUCGACACCGGAUUCAUUCAGCCGAACCAAUAUCUAAAUUUGUCAGCGAUCAAUGCCGCGGCGGGCCGAAACGACGUGUACCUGAGCCAGACCGAGCACGACGUUGGGUGUAAGCUCCAGUUGUGGACGUUGUUCGUGAGCUGUAAGACAGUGUACGCGGAGAGGACUCGGGUGGAGGUGCCCCCAGACGCCUUGCCAUCGGGUUGUUGGACACCGUACGGAUGGUACGUGUUCUGCGACUCGUUGGCGAACGUCUACCGAGUGCAGCCUGGCGCACCGGAACCGGAAACGGUCGUGGCGACGACGGCAGAUCCGAUCUCGGCGAAACACGGAAACGGCGGCGGUCCGGGCGCGUUGGUGUGCCCCAGCAAACAGGGUUUCGUUUUGUACGCGGUCAACCAAGACAACCGUCUAACGUGCUUCAAGGACACCAGGGGCAUUUUUACAAAAAUAUGGACAAUAGUCGUUGAUUACAUAUUGCAGUGUAUGACAGCUGUAAAAAAUGACGUUUACGGAUGGUCGGACGAGGGAACUCUGUUACGACUAACACAGAAAAAACAACAAAUAUUGAAAGUGUACGGAUUAAAAAUCAAGUAUUUUACUUUUAUCAAACCAACGGACGAAAUGGUGGCCACCAUAAACCAUGCAAACACUUUGCAAGUGUGGGAUGCUUCGACUGGAGAAUUUAAAAGCAAGAUGAAACUAAAUGGAACUGCAACGGAUUUGUGUAGUAAUCCAUUUUACCACUAUAUUGCCAUUACGUUUAAAAACGGUAAAAUGGAAUUGCUAAGAACUGUUCCCAAAGUAAACAAAAUAGAGUGCAUUGCAAAAAUAGUACUAUGUGAUGAAGACUUAUCUUCGAUAAAAUUUUUCUCUGACGGAAACAUUUGUAAUGUCACUAGUUUUCCCACAGGUCGCUUCUAUUAUAUAAGUGUGAGUAAAUAUAAAUAA